AUGUUAGACGUUUUUCGCGGAUUAAAAAAUCUCAUUAAGGUGAACUAUGUACACAUCGACUCGCCGGUGUUCAGGUUGCAUUACUCGAUCACUGUCAUACUGCUGAUCUCGUUCAGUCUGAUCGUCACGACGAGGCAGUACGUGGGAAACCCGAUUGACUGCAUUCACACCAAGGACAUACCCGAGGACGUCUUAAACACCUACUGCUGGAUCCACUCCACGUACACGCUGAAGAGUUUCUUCAACAAGAAGGUGGGCGUGGAGGUGCCGUACCCGGGGAUCGGGAACAGUCGGGAGAAGGGAAAGGAAGAUAUGAGUGACAGGAAGAUCUAUAAGUACUACCAAUGGGUGUGUUUCUGCCUAUUCUUUCAGGCCAUGUUAUUCUACGCUCCAAGGUGGUUAUGGAAAUCCUGGGAAGGUGGGAAGAUCCGGGCGCUGAUGAUGGAUCUAGACGUAGGUGUCUGCACCGAGAUAGAGAAGAAGACGAAGAAGAAGUUGAUUCUGGACUACCUGUGGGAGAACCUGCGCUACCACAACUGGUGGGCCUACCGGUAUUACCUGUGCGAGGGGCUUGCUCUUGUCAAUGUUAUUGGACAAAUGUUCCUCAUGAACCGUUUCUUUGACGGCGAGUUCAUGACGUUUGGGCUGGACGUCAUCGCCUACAUGGAGUCGGAUCAGGAAGACAGGAUCGACCCCAUGAUAUAUAUAUUUCCUAGAAUGGUAAAAUGCACACUGUUCAACAAGUUUGGGUCGUCCGGCGAGGUAGAGCGCCAUGACGCGCUGUGCAUCCUUCCGCUGAACGUCGUCAACGAAAAGAUCUACGUGUUUCUCUGGUUCUGGUUUGUCAUCCUCGGCAUCCUCACCUUCAUCACGCUCAUCUACCGAAUCGUCAUUAUCUUCUCCCCACGCAUGCGUGUCUACAUGAUGAGAAUGAGAUUCAGGCUCGUCAGACGAGAUAAUGUGGAUACUAUCGUACGGCGGAGCAAAAUGGGCGAUUGGUACCUGCUAUACAUCCUCGGGGAGAACCUCGACUCGGUCAUAUUCAGGGAUAUCAUGCAUGAGUUCGCCAACAAAUUGAAUCACAACUAUCAACAUCAUAUCCACGGUGUCCCUGACGCGUGA